AUGCUCUCGACGGCAGCGAAAUUGAUUCCCCGCGCGUCGCGCCUGCGCUUUGUCCAGGCCUCGCGCUUGGCGGCCUUCUCGACAGAGGCGCCCGUGGCUGCGGAAGCGACCGAGGCCGCGCCCGCCGGCGUCAAGGCCAUCUCGGCGGCCCACCCCAUCUCGCAGGUCGAGAAGGAGGACUUGCUCAAGUUCUUUGAGCUCUCGGACGCCCAGAUCAAGAACAACUUUCCGGAAGGCAUGCCCAAGCGCAUCAAGGAGUAUUUUGAGCUUACGGAGCCCCAGAAGCAGUUCAUGCUCCGCAAGCCGACCUUGGACAUCCUCUCGGUCAUGAAGGACUUUCCCAACAACUGGCCGGCCCACUGGCCCGAGAAGGCCUUUGUCUUGACGGCGAGCGUGGCACGGGCAAGAGGUACCUAUCGUCAAGCGACUUGUGUUGCCUUGCUCCAAAUCGUCAACUUUGCCCGCGAGAACGGCUGGAUCGUGCUCUUCGCGCCCCACGUCCGCGCGUGGUGCUACGAGGCGCCGUAUGUGACCAAGUCGGCGCACAUCCAGGGCAAGUACGACAUUGACGUCGUGGCCAUGGACGUGCUCAAGCAGCUCAUCCAGAGCCAUGGCCACCAGCUCGCCGAGCUUCCGCUCUCGGCCGACUAUGGCGACAAGUACUACCCGCACACGUUUGAGAAGAAGCCGAAGAGCACGUCCGAGUAUGACAAGGCGUCGCUGACGCUGCUCGACAUGGCCGAGAACGGCUUGAAGGACGACUUGCUCUCGUGCGCCGCGCUCGUCGACCUCCGCGCCGAGCUCGCCAAGGUGACCAAGUUCCCCGUGCUCAUCGCGAUCGACGAGUACAACACGCUCUUCGAGAAGACGGUCUUUGGCUACGAAGGCCACGACGUGGCGCCGCGCGACAUCUCGUUCAUCCACGCGCUCGCCGACGUCGACGAGACGGGCCACCGCGAGGACCGGUCGCUCGCGAACGGUCUCUUUGUCGCGGCGACGACCAAGAACUUUCCGUCGGCCUUCAAGUUUACACACCAGGUCGACUGCAAACGCCUGCGCAAGGUCAUGCACCCGUACUCGCACGAAGAGCUCGACCAGCUCAUCGCGUACCUCCGCAGCAUCAACUUUUGGAAGAAGGACUUGACGCCGACGGAGGUCUCGUUCCUGCGCCUUAUGACCAAGAACGUGCCCGUCAAGGUCUUCAAGCAGGCGUGCAUCAUGUAA